GGCAUGACAACUUUGAUAUUUGGAAUAGGUUUAGGACUGUUCAUUGUACUCUGCCUUUGGGUAUCGGCUGGACUAAUUUGUCUGGUUUCCUUAAGGAUAGAGAGAAGAAUUGGUGCUAUAGCUUUGUGCAUUGCAACAGCAGCUACAAUAAUUUUGGUCAGUCUGCCACGAUCUACAGAGACACCAAGUGUUCGGGAAGACAAGCUGUAUGAUCAUCUCUUUGUUUGGCGUAUAAUACUCUUAAUCCUACUCGCUGUGUCUUCCCUGGUUGGAUUUUUGGCCUACUUCAAGUUUGAAUUACUGGAACCUAUUAAACCUAUGAGAAUAUCAACUUGGGUUCAUUAAUAUUAAGAUCUUAUAGGAUAUCUAUUGUAUAACGAUCAUUACAAUCCUUCUAGAGCUUUUGGAAGCUGCUAUACAUUUCUGAAGUACAAAAAUAAGGGCCAGCAACUAUUUUAAAAAUAGUUAAACGAGACGAAUUGUAGAAGUUAAUUUAUUUUUUGCAGUAUCUACGAUAUUUUGUAUUGUUUUAGAUUAACUCUUUGCCUUUAGCUAUGACAAUCUGAAACUGUACUUACAGAGUACUUUAGAAACAAUAACUUUCUCAUAUUUAUUGUAUAUAAACUCCUAUAUACAAGAUGUUACGGACCUUCAGAAACACACUUAAAUUUUCGACACGUGGAAUUUCAUUGUUAAGUCGUAGCAACAAAUGUUUUGCCAUAAAUGAUAACACGGAGUUCGUCGACAAAGUGAUGAACAGUGAUGUGCCUGUAAUAGUGAAUUUCCAUGCGGAAUGGUGUGAUCCAUGCAAAAUUUUAACUCCUAAGCUUGAGGAAUUAGUUGGUCCUAUGGAGAAUUUGCAUUUGGCAAUUGUUAAUGUAGAACUAAAUCCUGAAUUAGUUCAUACAUUCGAAGUGAAGGCUGUACCUGCUGUCAUUGCUGUUAGUAAUGGUUUGGUAGUGGACAAAUUCAUAGGACUUGUAGAAGCUAAUAUGAUAGAGAAUUUGAUACAGAAACUUACUAGCAAGAAUAGUUCUGGUAAGCAGAAUAACAGUACUUAAAUAAAUGUCAUUCGCCAUGACAAGGUCACAUUCUAAAAAAAAUAUUGAAUGACUACAUUUAUGCGCAUUGCACAUAAAUCUAAUUCAUACUGGAACAUAGUAAAAUAUACUUAAAGAAUAUUAGCCUGCCAUACCAUUUCUUUAUUAUAGUACUCUCAAGUAGUAUACAUUAGUAGAAAUAAUCAAAGUUUCGUAACAUCAACAUAAAUGUAGUCAAUUUCACUCAUUUAUUAUUAAAGUUUGUCUCGUUCUCCAUUAGAAUGUGUUACACUCAGUAAUUUUUUUAUCAUGACUUAUAUUUUAACAAAACAGACGUAUCUAACAAAAGAUAUAACUUCAGAGAAUAUUUGCCAGUUUUUCGGUUAAAUAAAAAUAUAAUAAUUAGGAUUUCAAAUGUCUCGAUAUUUAAUGUAAAUUAAAAUUAAGAAGUAUAUAAAAAAGAAAAGACCACAGGCAAAUAAGCCUCUAUAUAUGUUAUAUAUAAAAAUAUUGAAUUUGGCCUUCGUACCUCCAAUACUUAACAUAAAAUUAUGUCCUCUGACAUUCAACGAAUAAUCGUAUAUGAAAACAUGAGAACUAUGAAAGCUAUUUAGAAAUAAACGAGUGUUUCUGAAAAAAUUAAA